AGAAGUCGAUAUCAGAGAGGAGCAGACCUAGAACGUUACUUAAGGCGUGUUCUUUCUCUCUCAUUUUGGCAAGGCAUUGACUUUCACUUUACACAGGACCUCUACUGUGAUCUGUGAAAUAUUAAACGAACAUGGAUUGCUUAUAGUGAGCAUAGGCACCUCACUCAAAAGUUAUGCUUCUUGUAACUUUUUGCGGAAAAAGGAUCAUAUUCAUAUAGACUCGUUUUGUAGGCUACACUAUAGGCUGCGGGCCAAGAUGUGGCUCCUUGGAUUGGAAACUUUUCUAUUCAGGUGGCUGCUGCAGGAACACCAGUCCUGUUUCAGUUCCCCUUUCUAGAACCUUCUCCUAUGCAGGAGACCCGCAUGGGCUAAGAAGGUCUGGGUCGGGACCACAGGAACAGCCUGACCAGUCAUUUCCUGCUAGGCACAGGUCCGGAGACUGCGGAGAGCCAAGAUGCACGGCUGUCGGAAGAAAACCAGGGUGCUGUGUGUGAUGAUGAUGCUCAACGUCUUCGUCUUCAUCCUCGUGGGCGUGUCUCGGAACCUGGGCCAGGAUAAGGGGGACCAGCGGAAGCCACGCAUUCCCUCCAAGAGGUUCUGGAGGAAGCAGAAGACCAGUGAGAUCUUCUGGAAUAAGGAGCAGCAGAGGCUGGACUACAUCUACAACCCCAUCCUCAUGUCAGGUUUGACCAAUGACUCUCUGCUGGAGCUACCUGAUUGGCUCAACGACACCAAGUUCCCGGACCCCUGCCAACCGGACUACAGCGUCACCACCCAGGUGAAGGACUACAACUCCCUGCCACCCCGCUUCCAGGACUUCCUGCUGUACAUGCGCUGCCGCUCGUAUCCGAUGAUCAUGGACCAACCACGCGUGUGCGAGAGCAAACCCUACCUCUUAUUGGCCGUCAAGUCCCUGGCGCCCCACUUCGACCGGCGGCAGGCCAUCCGGGAGUCGUGGGGGCGGGUGGGCGUUCUGGCCAAUCGGACUGUAGCCACGGUCUUCCUCCUUGGAAAUGCCGUGUCAGUCGACCACUUCCCCAACUUGUCUGGGAUGCUCAGCCACGAGGCCAGACUUUACGGGGACCUCCUCCAGUGGGACUACCGAGACUCCUUCUUCAACCUCACCCUCAAAGAGGUGCUCUUCCUGGACUGGUUCAGCCAGCAUUGCCCCGACGCCCGCUUUGUCUUCAAGGGGGAUGAUGACGUCUUCGUCAACACCUGGAGGAUCUUAGACUUCCUCCACAAUCUUCCAGAGAUCAGGGCCAGGGAUCUGUUCAUAGGGGAUGUAAUCACCAAUGCCGGCCCGCACCGGGACCGGAAGCUCAAGUACUUCAUCCCAGAGAGUGUGUUCGUGGGGCCAUACCCGCCCUAUGCCGGGGGAGGAGGGUUCCUGUACUCUGGGGAACUGGCACUGCAGUUGCACAACAUCUCCCAGCAGGUGGCACUGUAUCCUAUUGAUGAUGUCUACACAGGGAUGUGUCUCCAGAAGCUGGGCUUGGUCCCGGAGAAGCACAAGGGCUUCAGGACGUUUGACAUUGACGAGAAAUACAGGGGCAACCCGUGCGCGUAUAAGAGCUUAAUGCUCGUGCACAGCAGGACGCCGCAGGAGAUGAUCAAAAUCUGGGCCUGGCUCAGCGAUCCAGAAUUGAACUGUCAGUGAGACAUCUACAUGCAUCCCACAUUACACCCUAUUCCCUACAUAGUGCACUAUUUUUGACCAGAGACUUAUGGGCCCUGGUCAAAAGUAGUGUACUAUAUAGGGAAUAGGGCGCCAUUUGGGAUGCAUCCAAUGGGUCUUUGAGAAAUUUGUUUGACGUGUUCUAAGUGCUUUCUUUGGUUUGUGUGGAAUUCGCAAAAUCCUCGAGGUUCGGUAGCAAUGCUUGGUUCACGUGCUAGUUGGAACUCUGAAUUUUCUGACUUGCUAAUUAGUUGUAGUUAUACACGUGCCCUGUUCAACCAGUUAGCAAGUUGAACAUUUUUGAGUUUCCUAGUUCCGACUAGCACGUCACAAGUCAAUGUGUUCCAGCUUCAAUAGAAUCAGCUGAUAUAUCCCUAGCAUUCAAAAGUAUUUUUUUACAUGAGCAACCAUUCAUUUACACUUUAAGACUGUGUUCGGCAAAUGUAGUAUCAUUAAUAUAAAUGUACUAGUACUGUAUGUACUAUACAAGCACUAUUGCACGAGAGGUCCUUUUUUUGCAAGAAUUGUAAUUUGUCACAAUAACAGGCAUAUGUGAAAAUCACCUACGAUUGGGAGGGGGAUCCAUAUCCCUUUUAAUCGUAACAAGACAGUUCACUACUUAUGGCAAAGAGUGUGUGAAUGUCCUGCUUAACCUGUUUUUCCAGACUCUAACGCCAAUACACAGGGUGGUGUAUUGCUGUAAGCGCUCUCAAUGGAUCUGACGUUCCUUUGCACUUGAUUCUAGAAACAAACUAUUUAUGAUAUUUGAAAGAUUGCUGGUUCAUUAUAACUCUUAAAGCUGGAAACCGUAGGGGUGAAACUGCCACGUCCGGUUGUGCGAUAUUACAACAACAAAGAAGUUACUUAAAACAACAAACACUGUUUUUUCCCCCCUUUCAGAUGUACACUGAGUGUGCCAAACAUUAAGGACACCUUCCUAAUAUCGAGUUGCAUCCCACCUUUUGCCCUCAGAACAGCUUCAAUUCGUCAGGGUAUGGACUCUACAAGGUGUUGAAAGUGUUCCACAGGGAUGCUGGCCCAUGUUGAUUCCAAUGCUUCCCACUGUUGUAUCAAUUUGGCUGGAUGUCCUUUGGGUGGUGGACCAUUCUUGAUACACAUGGGAAACUGUUGAGCGUCAAAAACCCAGCAGCAUUGCAGUUCUUGACACAAACGGGUACGCCUGGCGCUUACUACCAUACCCUGUUCAAAGGCACUUCAAUAUUUUGUCUUGCCCAUUCACCCUCUGAAUGGGACACAAACAGUCCGUGUCUCAAUUAUCUCGAGGCUUAAAAAUCUACACUGAUUGAAGUGGAUUUAACAAGUGACAUCAAUAAGGGAUCAUAGCUUUCUCCUGGUCAGUCUGUGUCAUGGAAAGAGUAGGCAUCCUUAAUGUUUUGUACACUCAGUGUAUGUUAAAAAAAAUUUUUUUUUACCACACUUAUCGAGCUCCUCUUCUCCUUUUCAUAAACAAAACAAAAACAAUAACAAAUGUGCCUGGGGCGACCAGUGGCUCUAUUUCACAUUAUGCGGAUCUCAGAUUUAAAGUAUUUUUUUUAUUAUUAAAACAAAAUUGCACAUUUGGUGAAUAAAUAUUUGUUGAAUAAUCCAGAAUUUUAAGGCGUUAGUAGUCCUGUGACCCAGUGUUUUUUUUCUGCUGUAGUGAGAUGUUAUGUGCAGAGCUCUUUCUGUAUACUCACAACAGUGCAGGCUGCUGAGGGGAGGACAGCUCAAUAAUAAUGGCUGGAAUGGAGCGAAUGGAAUGGCAUCAAACCAUGUUUGUAUUUGAUAUCAUUCCACUGGUUCCGCUCCAGCCAUUACCAGGAGCCCGGGUUAGGGAGUAUUUCAAUUUUUUAUGACAGUGAAUAAAAAACUAUUCAAACAUCAAA